UUAUUUGCACUUCCGCCAACUUGAAGGAGCACUGAUGACUAAAUUUUACCCUUAAAUUGAUAUAUAUUUGAAAUGGCUGCAUUAUUUGCUUGUACAAAGUGUCAUAGGAGACACCCUUUUGACGAAUUAUCUUCAGCUGAACAAUUGUGCAAAGAAUGCAGAAAUUACUACCCCAUAGUAAAAUGUACUUAUUGUAGAAUUGAAUUCCAACAGGAAGACAAAACCAGUACAAAUUCUAUCUGCAAGAAGUGUGCUCAGAAUGUCAAACUGUAUGGAAAGCCAUCAGCCUGUGAAUAUUGCAAUAUUCUUGCUGCAUUUAUUGGAAACAAAUGUCAGAGAUGUACUAACUCGGAGAGGAAAUGGGGUGCUCCGAAAACAUGUGAACAAUGUAAACAGAAAUGUGCAUUUGAAAGAACAGACAACUCAACUAAAGUUGAUGGAAAAUUAAUGUGUUGGUUGUGUACAGUAGCCUAUAAAAGAGUGCUGGCUAAAGCUAAGAUACGACAGGAAGUAUCAAGAAAGAACUUUGGGUCUCAAAAAAAGUCAUCAGAAAAAUCAGAAAAAUCGGAAAAAUCAGAACAAAUUGACAAAUUUGAUAGUAUAAUGAACAAAACUACAGACGAAAACAAGCCAGGGCCUAAAACUGAAAAUACAAGUAGUUCUGUUACUGAGAAUCAGGAGAGUACUGGAAGUCAGGAUGAAAAAUCUAGUGAAAGGAAGCCUCAUAAACAUCAUAAACACAAACAUCAUCACCAUCACCACCACCACAAACAUAAACACCACCACAGUCAAAAAUCAAGUGAACCAAAUACUCCUACAACAGCAGCAGCAGCACAAACUCCACCUUCUAAGAAACCUCGGUUAGAGACAAACUCAUCAACUAAUGGUGUUACACCAACAAAAAGUGGAAGUAGUUUGUCCUCAAUAACGGGGUUGAAUAUGAGUAGUUUGACAGAGCGCCCCACUGAGGACCCCCACAGCUCAGAACAUCUGAUAGCUUUACAGCUUCUACAAGAACAGAUGGAAGGAUUGAAGAAAACACUACAACAAAAAGAACAACAGCUUCUGGAAAAAGAAAAAAAGCUAACAGAACUGAAGGCUCAGAAUUAUGAAUCUGAGAAAGAAUGGAGAAUAAAAUUUACAAAUGUACAGAAAAAACUUACUGAGACAAAUGAGAACAAUCAGAUCAAAGUACGGGAGUUAAUGAAACAGAUAUCAACAUUAUCUAAAGGGGGGAAGAAGCUAAAAGGAUAUGACAGUCCUGUCCCAAGUCCUUUAGCAUUUUAGAACUGAUAAAAAGUGGUCCGCUAGAAUUACAGGACUGGUCAAAGACAGUCUAUUUGGAACUAUAGGACCGAUAUAAGACGGUCCCUAAGAAUUAUAUGACUGAUAUAAGACAGUCCGGUCCCUUAGAUUUAUAGGACUGAUAUAUGUUAUUAGAACUUCCCAGCAAUCUCAACAAAGGCUUAUGUCUUUGUAACAUCAGAAAUGAUUCAUAUGUUAACCUUUCAAGAGAUCAAUUCUAUGUUGAUACUGUGGGUUCAUCAUUAUAUCUGUGGUACUUUGCCUGCAUGAUCUUGUAAGUAAUCAUGAACCACCAAUUCAAAUAAGUAAUCAUGAACCACCAAUUCAAAUAAGUAAUCAUGAACCACCAAUUCAAAUAAGUAAUCAUGAACCACAAAUUCAAAUAAGUAAUCAUGAACCACCAAUUCAAAUGAACAACAGAGUACCAUUUUUAGAAUACGAUAUUUCCUGAUUCCACAAUAAUUUGUACCCUUGAUUGAAUCCACAGUAUUUUAUCAAAAGUGAUUAAAAAAAAAAAUAAGUGUUAAAGUAAAAAUUAUUCAAGCAAAACUCUUGUAUUUCAAGUUUUAGUUACUUGAUUCAUUUAUCAGAAGUGAUUGAAAAAGUGUAAAAGUUAAAAUCGUUCAUGCAGAACUGUUGUUAUUCAAAGUAAGUCUAAGUUACUUGAUUCUAGCUGUUUCAGUUGGGCAGUACUAUCAUUUUCAACACUUCCCAAUGGUUUAAUUAACCCUUUCCUCCAUGGAAAUAUUUUUUUUGCAUACUUGAUUCGCAUAGGAUUUUUCAAUAAAAUGCAGAAAAUAUGCUUUAAAUAAUAAAAAGGCAUUGCAAAAAAUAAAUUUUUCAUCAAAUAAAUUCAAGUCAGAUAUUCUUGUGAAUAUCCUUUUCAUAUUGGAUACAAAUUUGAUUAAGUCUGAUGCAGACAUUUUGUAGUCAAAGCAUUUCAACUAAGGUACUACACAGGCGUCAAAAGGCGUCAUAAUGGAGGAAAGGGUUUUGAUAAUAUAUGCAUAGAAUUGAUCAGUUGUAAGAAGAUUGGUCAACAUUGGAAUGAUUUCUGGUGUAAAUAUAAUGUUUUUAUCCUUGUAAAGUAGAAUUUUAUGUAUUUAUAUGUACAAUUUUAAAUAUUUAUAUUUUAUACUGAAUUUUAUCUAUUAUAAUGUAUGUAAGAAGUGAUUUUAAAUGCAAAGGAAUUUUUAUUUUAACUGUUAAAAUUGAAAGUAGAAAAGUGUAUAUUCUGUAAAAUGGCUGUCUACUAUAUAUAUACAUAAACAGGACCACAAGAAACAAAUGUUUUCCUCAUGCAUUGAAUUAUCAUUUAAUUUAUGAGAAACUUAAUGUAGUCACCAUUAUUUGAUGUUAAUCCUUGGUUGAAAUCAAGCUUCUUUUUUCUGCUGAAAUAAUUUCCAAUAAUAAAUCAAAAGAAGGAAUUAAUCUGGUCAUUUUCUAAAUAUAGAAAAAGAAAGUUAAAGCACAAAUUUUAAAGCAUAAUUCAUAAAACUCUUGAAUUAAGUGCAUCAUAGGUACACCAAACUAGCCUGUUGAGCUUUUUACCAAAAUACAAAAUAUUGACAAUACAAUACAUGCACACAAAUCAAGCAUAAUAUUUAGUCAAAUGUAAGCAGUAUUGAACGAGACAAAAUUUGAACAUAGCAAAUAAUAAUCAGUGAUAGAACACAAACAUAUGAAAACUAAUAAUAGCUGAACAUUCAAACAUAGUGGACAGAGAUAAGGAAACGAAUUAUGGAUGUAGAGCAUGAUCCUUCAAGACCUACAGGAAACUAACAGUUUGGCCAAAUUUUCAUAAAAUAACUAUCAAUGGGGGAUAGAAAAAAAUGUUUUUUGAGAAUUAAAAACCCCAAUUUUUUUAUUUUUGCAUUUUCAUUGCAUCCCUUGUUUUGUGGAUUUCUGUAUAUGGUUAAAUACAAAUUUUAUGUUUUAACAAAAUAAAAGUUUUCUAUAGACUGUUUAGCUGACUUUAGAAAAGCAAUGAAUCUAAAUAUCCACAAAAACUGUUUUUUUUUAUCUUUGAAAAAUAAAUGAAUCUACAGUAUUUUACUUUGUGUUCUAGUGUUCAUUAAAAUGUGUUCAGAGUUAAAAUUGUAGAUGAAAGAAGGUUGUCUGUUUUUUUUUUUUUAAAUUAUGAGUAUGGGUGUGUCCCAAUCCUAUGUUUUAAAAAAAAUUGUAAAAAAUCUCCAUGUUCCACCAAUUUUUCCAAAAAUAUUUUUAAUUCUGUGUUUGUGAGUUAUUGUGAGAAAGUUUUAUUUUGACCAUUUGUGAGCUUAGCCUUAUUUAUAUAUACCUCAGUAUUUAUCAUCAACUUUAUUGUCAGCCCUAGGUUAAUUGUUUAGACAAAACUGUUGUUACAUUUUCUUUGAAUCUCUUUUAUAAAUUUUGUUAGUUUGUUUCUAGCUAUAAACUUUAUUACGAAUUAUUAGAUUGAUUGGGUUUUUUUCUUCGAUUGAUGCAAUUUAAGAUAGAAUUAUUUCUCUUUGGUUGCCAUGGUAGCCAUCUAUGUGGACUAAUGCCUUUGUUAAUUAACAAAAUUCAACUUGUUAUACUGAUUGCUGGACUUCUGAAAACCUUGUUGUCUGGUGUUUUUAUUUCUUUAAAACUGCUUUAUUCAUCACUAGGAUCUAGUAAGUAUAGAUUAUCGGGUUUUCUACACAUUGAUAUCGUAAAAUAUCAUGCGUGAGCCACAAUGUGAACUGUUUUGGCGAGUCAGCGUAGCAAACGAGCUAAAAAGUUUCUAUUGUGUCCAGCGGCUGAUAUUACUGAUAUUGAUACGAAGAAAACCCUGAUUAUCUGUUUAUCGUUCUAUUACUGCUCUUUUUCUAUUUCCCGAGGACAGUUUUACACUUGACAAAAGCAAGCUUGAUAACGUCUCCUCUCGCAUUGUGAAGUCGCUAAUAACUUCUCCUCUCACAUUGUGACGUCGCUGAUAAUGCCUGUUCUCAUUUUGAAGUCUUGAUACGAGAAUUACUGAGAGACAGAGCAGGGUGAUAUAGGCGUAGGGAAGGACGAUAAAUAUAUCUUAUUAGUCUUAUGUGUGGGAAUGUAAUUCUGUAAAACUUAAUCCCUAUGGUCCAUGUUAAUCAAACGGACCACUAUUAUAUUGUAUGAAUGUAUCAAGAGUGAUGGUUAGCAAUAGGUUCUACUUAGUUAUUUUACUAUAUUUACAUAUCUUUAUCAUGUUCUGUUGCUAAGUAACAGAAAUUUUAAUCCAGUUCAAGUUUUAUUAUAAUUUUAGAAUACAUUAUUGGUAUUUAUUCAUUUUAAUUGUAUAGUAAAUGUUAUAUUAGGUUUUAAAUAAGUUACAAAAAAUAAAGUGCUAUAAUAAAGUCUCUAUUUUAUGUUUUAAAAAGUGGCAAAAUAUUUAAUGUAAUAUUUAAGGCUAGAUUGUUUGUUGCAACAUUUUAAAUCUUAUUUACAGAUUUCCAAGCUAUUUGAUUUAUUUCUUCAUACAGAUUAAAUGUAAUGGCUAAAGUAAUAAUUUGUUUGCUAUGAUUUUAUCAUUGUGAAAAAAUUAUGACUGAAUAGUUUUCAACUACAAAAUAGAUUUACAAUUUUGAUAUCAUGUUCUGUAAUUGUAUAACUUAAUCUUAGCACUUUUGUCCAUUGUGCAACAGUCUUCAUAUUAAAUACACUGAAGAAAUUUUGUAUACACAGUAUAAUAAAUAAAUAGAUGAAACUAUAAAAUUCUGAUGUCUGAUACUUCUAUCUGUAUGCAGAUUUUCCUGAAAUUACAAAAAAUAAUUGUGCAUUUUGUGUCCAUUUUUCUAAAUUUGCAAUAGUUUCUGAUUUUACAUUCAUGGUUUACCCAUGUUUGAUUAUUGAUUUUGUUCAUGUUCCAUCAAAUGUCACUUUUAUCAAAUUUUUUUCUUCAGUUGCUUCCCCUUAGAUCUGAUUUUCAAGAUAAUAUGUGGUUUAAAUAAUUCAGCUUUCCAAGUCAUAAAUAUCAAUUGUGAAAAAUUUGAUUCCUCGUUUUCUUUCAUGAAUGCUUCAUACGUCAAGUGCAAUCACAUCAUUCAUGUAUGAAUUAUUAAAAGGUGACAUAAUCCCAAAUGUGCAAGUUAAAAUGAAUUCUGUACCCUAAUAGUAGGAAACUUAAGCAAGCGUUGUAUUUUCACUAUACUUGCUGUAGCCGUUUUAAUAAAAAUUUUACCUGGUGUGAAUAUUUCAAUGUAGAUUUGAAUGUCUUGUACAAGACCACAAACCCAAACAAAAAACAUUGGUAAGAUUGAAGUGCCCAAUCCAUGAACAAAGUUUGACGCAAACUAAUCUGGUACCAGCUGCCUGGUACAGUAAAAUGUUGAUGACACUAUAUUGACAAUAUGUAAAUAAUGUUAGUUCAUAUGCCAGUACAUUUUAUCUAAGUGUUCCUUCAAUUGUUGAUAAUGUAUUAUUGAAUUAUUUUUUUACCAUGUUCAUAUUUUGUUUUAAAUGUUUGACAUUUUAACGUCUCAUUAUAAGAUUCUUUGUAUUUCUAGUUUAGUUGUAUCAAUGAACAAGUAAAUAAAUGUGAUAAAAGUG